GGCGCACAAGGGCGAGGCCGCGAGGGCGGGGCCCCGAGGGACGGAGGGAGAGUGCGACAGAGGGGGGGGCCCCAGGCCCGAGUGGCCGACGUUGGGGCCGUUCUGUUUCUUACGCCUUCGGAAGGAUAUGCGGGUGCCCAUGGCUUUGCAGGGCAUCUCGGUAGUGGAACUGGCCGGCCUGGCCCCGGGCCCGUUCUGCGGUAUGGUCCUGGCGGACUUCGGGGCGCAGGUGGUGCGUGUGGACCGGCCGGGCACCCGCGGCGACCUGAGCCGGAUGGGCAGGGGCAAGCGCUCGCUGGCCGUGGACCUGAAGCAGCCGCGGGGAGCGGCGGUGUUGCGGUCGCUGUGUGCCCGGGCGGAUGUGAUGCUGGAGUGCUUCCGCCCUGGUGUGAUGGAAAAACUCCAGCUCAGCCCAGAGAUUCUGCAGAGGGAGAAUCCAAAGCUUAUCUACGCCAGGUUGAGUGGAUUUGGCCAAUCAGGAAGAUUCUCUAGGGUAGCAGGACAUGACAUCAACUACUUGGCUUUGUCAGGUGUUUUAUCAAGAAUUGGCAGAAGUGGUGAGGCUCCAUAUGCCCCGCUGAAUCUCCUGGCCGAUUUCGGUGGGGGUGGCCUCAUGUGCGCACUGGGCAUCCUGAUGGCGCUGUUUGAACGCACACGCUCUGGCAAAGGUCAGGUCAUUGAUGCCAACAUGGUGGAAGGAACAGCAUAUCUCAGUUCUUUUCUGUGGAAAACCCAACAAACAGGACUGUGGGGACAGCCUCGUGGACAGAACAUGUUAGAUGGUGGAGCGCCUUUCUACGCAACCUACAGGACGGCGGACGGCGGGUUCAUGGCUGUUGGCGCAUUAGAGCCCCAGUUCUAUGAGCUGCUGCUCAGGGGACUUGGGCUAAAGUCUGAUGAACUUCCCAGUCAGAUGAGCAUAACUGAUUGGCCAGAAAUGAAGAAGAAAUUUGCAGAUAUAUUUGCAAAGAAGACAAAGGCAGAGUGGUGUCAGAUCUUUGACGGCACAGAUGCCUGCGUGACUCCUGUUUUGACUUUUGAAGAGGUUACCCAUUGUGGUCACCACAAAGAUCGGGGCUCAUUUAUUAUUGAUAGUGAGCAGGGUGUGAGUCCCCGCCCUGCACCCCAGCUGUCCAACACCCCAGCUGUCCCUUCGUCCAAAAGGGAUCCUUUUGUAGGAGAACACACUGAAGAGAUACUCAAAGAGUUUGGCUUCAGCCAGGAAGAGAUCAGUCAGCUUAAGUCAGAUAAAAUUAUUGAAAGUAAUAAACCAAGAGCUAAUCUCUAACUUCUAAGCCCCACAACUCAAAUAAAUUUGAAUAUUGCAUUUAUAGUAUAGAAUAAUGCAAAAAAUUGUAUGCAUGGAAACAUGAAAAAACAAUAUCACAGUGGUCCAACUAUUCUGAUCAGGAAACAAGGCUGAUUAUAAAGUGAUGAUUGAAUUCUGAAAACGGUUAACAUCAUGGCUUUUGAUUUAGGAAUAUUUUUAGUUGGCCUAUACUAAAUUGUGGCAGUUUUUCUGCCUUCCAAUUUACUUGAUUGGUUAUAUUUGUUGAUUUAAAAUAUUUAUAAUAUACUUUAAGUGAAUUAAUAUAAUGCUUUUUAUUAAAUAAAGCUUUUUUCCCCCCAA